AUGGCACAUAAUCGUGAAGCUUCUAUUGCCUAUUUUGUAUCUAUAACGCAUUGUCAAAGAGAUGAUGCAAUUCAAUUUUUAGAAAAAACUCAAUGGAGACUUGAUCAAUCUCUUAAUUUAUUCUUUGAACAAGGCUUAAAUCAAGAAAAAUCUAAUAUUCAUUCAGAACAUAUCGAUGCACCGUAUCAAAAGUACGAAAACAAACCGAAUGCACGUGCUUUUGAUCUUGUUCCACUCUUGCCUAGAUCAUUACCGAAAACAAUUAUUAUACCAACAAUGAUCGAAUUUCAACGAUUUAUUGAAUCAUUUGAUAUUGAUAGAACAAAUCUACUUGAAAAUUCAUCAAAAAUGAUGGAUUUAGCAAUGAAAUAUGCUACACAUAAACAAGUUAAUAUUCCACCAAAUCAAAUUGAACAUUGGAAAAUUCAUUUAAAAGUUGAUUACACACGAUUACAAACAUUACUUGAUAAUGAUAUGUGUGCACCAUUAGUUUGGAUUGAACAUUUUGAACAUUUAUUAGAUGGAAACACUUGUCAAUUAUUUGAUUGUGAUUACAUGUUUACUAUAAGCGAUUAG